CUGAAUUGCGGUCUGAUCCACCAAAGGUUGAAGACUGGUUGCUAUCGGAAACUGAGACGAUUCAACCAGCAAGAGCAAAGCUAUGGCGGAGAAAUCAGCUUCCAUCCAUCUGAAACGCCGCCCGCGGCGGCACGAAGGGGAGCCUUCUUCGAUUCCGAAGCUCCUCAGAAGUCCGAAAGUAGCAACAGCUUUCGCUUUGCUUUUUGCGGAUGCCGUCCUCGUCGCUCUUAUCAUUGCCUUUGUUCCUUAUACAAAGAUAGAUUGGGAUGCUUAUAUGUCUCAGGUAACUGGGUUUCUCGGAGGAGAAAGGGACUAUACGAACUUGAAAGGAGACACGGGGCCUCUGGUGUACCCGGCUGGUUUCCUUUAUGUUUAUUCUGCUAUUCAGUCUGUUACUGGAGGGGAGGUCUAUCCAGCUCAGGUUUUGUUUGGCAUUUUAUACAUCAUAAGCUUGGGAAUUAUCUUGUAUAUCUAUGUGGAGACUGAUGUGCUUCCAUGGUGGGCUCUUAGCUUGCUGUGUCUUUCAAAAAGGAUGCACUCAAUCUUUGUUCUUCGUCUGUUUAAUGACUGUUUUGCAAUGACAUUUCUGCAUGCUGCAUUGGCAUUACUACUUCAUCAGAGGUGGCACCUGGGGUUGAUUAUAUUCAGUGCAGCUGUUUCAAUAAAGAUGAAUGUCCUUCUCUAUGCUCCACCUCUUUUUCUUCUCAUGCUAAAGGCUAUGAAUGUCGGUGGGGUAAUAUCUGCUUUAGCUGGUGCAGCACUAGUGCAGAUUCUCUUGGGGCUGCCAUUUUUGGUAUCACAUCCAAUUGCAUAUAUAUCAAGAGCCUUUAAUCUUGGACGUGUCUUCAUCCAUUUCUGGUCUGUCAACUUCAAAUUCAUUCCUGAACCAGUUUUUGUAUCAAAGGAAUUUGCAGUCUCUUUGCUGAUUGCUCAUCUUGUGUUACUUGGAGUAUUCGCUCAUUAUAGGUGGUGCAAGCAUGAAGGAGGGCUUCUCAAAUUUUUGCCUGCUCGGAUUAGAUCCACUUUCUCAACUUCUAAUUCUUCAUCCUUACCCAUCCUUACGAAAGAACAUAUUGUGACGACCAUGUUUGUUGGCAACUUUAUUGGCAUUUUAUGUGCCCGGUCAUUGCAUUAUCAGUUCUACUCUUGGUACUUCUACAGUUUGCCUUACCUCUUGUGGAGAACACCUUUCCCUACAUUGCUACGUGUGGUUUUGUUCAUAGGAGUCGAGCUGUGCUGGAACGUUUAUCCAUCAAAUUUCUACUCUUCUGCUCUGCUGCUUUGCCUCCACUUAGUCAUACUUCUUGGUCUUUGGUCAGCUUCACCUGAAUACCCUAAUCUUAGCACCAAAUCGUCAACAAGAAAAAGCAAAUGAGCUUUUAUCAUCAUCUGAGUCCAGUUAAUUUACAUUGUCAAACACGCAUAUUGAAUUUAACAGAGACUGAAAAUGAUAGGAAGCGUCGCUGUUGACCUUGGCAUUGUUGUGAUGAUUGUAUUAGAAAUUUUGUAAUUUACUUUUGAAUCUUCUUAGUUACCGAAUCUUAUCUGUAUCAAUACCACCAACAGCCACCACUAUAGUUGGAGCAGGUGAGAUGGCCACCUUCCUCCAACGAUACCCGUGUUUAAGGUCUUGUUUGGUGUAAUUUGUUGGAGUUUUUGUUUAUAAAUGAUAAAUUUAAAU